CGCGUUCGCCGCGGGACCUGUCGGGGGAACCCGUUCGCUGUUGCUAAGGGGCGGCCCCGGAAGUGACGCGCCCCGGGUUUGUUGACAGCGGAGGCGGCGGCGGCUGCAGGCUCCGAGCCUCAGGAGCCGGAUCGGGGGAGGGGCCGGGCCCCAGAGCCAGCACCCGGCGGCCCUCAGCCCCGCCCGCAGCCCUAAGGGCAAGGCUGUGGUUCUGCCAAUGAUCCUGUGAGUGCUGAGGAGUCACCACUGCCCCUAGGGGCCCCUCUCCUAGAUCUGUCCAUCUGCCUCCCUCAGCAUGGCGUCUGACACCCCCGAGUCCCUUAUGGCCCUCUGCACCGACUUCUGCCUGCGCAACCUGGAUGGCACGUUGGGCUACCUGCUGGAAAAGGAGACUCUGCGACUACAUCCAGACAUCUUCCUGCCCAGCGAGAUCUGCGACCGGCUUGUCAAUGAGUACGUGGAGCUGGUCAAUGCCGCCUGCAACUUUGAGCCGCAUGAGAGCUUCUUCAGCCUUUUCUCUGACCCCCGAAGCACCCGCCUCACCCGGAUCCAUCUCCGAGAGGACCUGGUGCAGGACCAGGACCUGGAGGCCAUCCGCAAGCAGGACCUGGUAGAGCUGUACUUGACCAACUGCGAGAAGCUAUCCGCCAAGAGUCUGCAGACGCUGAGGAGCUUUAGCCACACCCUGGUGUCCUUGAGCCUCUUCGGCUGUGCAAACAUUUUCUACGAGGAGGAGAACCCAGGGGGCUGUGAAGACGAGUGCCUCGUCAACCCCACCUGCCAGGUGCUGGUCAAGGACUUUACCUUUGAGGGCUUCAGCCGCCUACGCUUCCUCAACUUGGGCCGCAUGAUCGAUGGGGUCCCUGUGGAGUCCCUGCUACGGCCACUUAACUCCCUGGCUGCCUUGGACCUCUCGGGCAUCCAGACGAGCGAUGCGGCCUUCCUGACCCAGUGGAAAGACAGCCUGGUGUCCCUUGUACUCUACAACAUGGACCUGUCAGACGACCACAUCCGGGUCAUCGUCCAGCUGCACAAGCUGCGACACCUGGACAUCUCCCGAGACCGCCUCUCCAGCUACUACAAGUUCAAGCUGACUCGCAAGGUGCUGAGCCUCUUUGUGCAAAAGCUGGGGAACCUGAUGUCCCUGGACAUCUCUGGCCACAUGAUCCUGGAGAACUGCAGCAUCUCUAAGAUGGACGAAGAGGCAGGGCAGACUAGCAUUGAGCCUUCCAAGAGCAGCAUCAUGCCUUUCCGGGCCCUGAAGAGGCCACUGCAGUUCCUAGGGCUCUUCGAGACCUCUCUGUGCCGCCUCACACACAUUCCCGCCUACAAAGUAAGUGGUGACAAAAACGAGGAGCAGGUGCUGAAUGCCAUAGAGGCCUAUACGGAGCACAGGCCUGAGAUUACCUCACGGGCCAUCAACCUACUUUUUGACAUCGCGCGUAUCGAACGCUGCAACCAGCUUCUUCGGGCCUUGAAGCUGGUCAUCACAGCCCUCAAGUGCCACAAGUAUGACAAGAACAUCCAAGUCACAGGCAGUGCUGCCCUCUUCUACCUGACCAAUUCCGAGUACCGCUCAGAGCAGAGCAUCAAGCUGCGCCGACAGGUCAUCCAGGUGGUGCUGAAUGGCAUGGAAUCCUACCAGGAGGUGACGGUCCAGCGGAACUGCUGCCUGACCCUCUGUAACUUCAGCAUACCCGAGGAGCUGGAGUUCCAGUACCGCCGGGUCAACGAGCUCCUGCUAAGCAUCCUCAACCCCACGCGGCAGGAUGAAUCCAUCCAGCGCAUCGCUGUGCACCUGUGCAAUGCCCUGGUCUGCCAGGUGGACAAUGACCACAAGGAGGCUGUGGGGAAGAUGGGCUUUGUCGUGUGGGUUGUGAGUUCUGGAGGGAAAGACACCAUCCUUGUUCCUUCUCCCGUCACACCAUCCCCAGCACUUCCUAGUGUGCGGCCUAGGAUGCACAGUGGAGAGACCAUGCUGAAGCUGAUUCAGAAGAAGCUGCUGGACAAGAUAUGUGACCAGGUGAUGGAGUUCUCCUGGAGUGCCCUGUGGAACAUCACAGACGAGACACCUGACAACUGCGAGAUGUUCCUCAAUUUCAAUGGCAUGAAGCUAUUCCUGGACUGCCUGAAGGAAUUCCCAGAGAAGCAGGAACUGCAUCGGAAUAUGCUAGGACUCUUGGGGAAUGUGGCAGAGGUGAAGGAGCUGCGGCCUCAGCUAAUGACUUCCCAAUUUAUCAGUGUCUUCAGCAACCUGCUGGAGAGCAAGGCUGAUGGGAUCGAGGUUUCCUAUAACGCCUGCGGCGUCCUCUCCCACAUCAUGUUUGAUGGGCCUGAGGCGUGGGGCAUCUGUGAGCCCCAGCGAGAGGAGGUGGAGGAGCGCAUGUGGGCAGCCAUCCAGAGCUGGGAUGUCAACUCUCGGAGAAACAUCAAUUACAGGUCCUUUGAGCCAAUUCUUCGCCUCCUUCCCCAGGGCAUCUCCCCUGUCAGCCAGCACUGGGCCACCUGGGCCCUGUACAACCUUGUGUCUGUCUACCCGGACAAGUACUGCCCCCUGCUGAUCAAAGAAGGGGGGCUGCCCCUGCUGAGGGACAUGAUCAAAAUGGCAACUGCUCGGCAGGAGACGAAGGAAAUGGCCCGCAAGGUGAUUGAGCACUGCAGUAACUUUAAAGAGGAGAACAUGGACACGUCCAGAUAGAGGCCUCCGCCCCUACGGCCACCACGGCUCUGGACCACAAGGCCAGGAGGAAGCUCUCAAGCAGCCCAGCUGGCAGACCCCCACCGGGGAGCCUCCCGCUGGAUGAAGGGACACAGGGGGACUUUUGCACAACCGACGCUUUUCCUUAACAUUAGUGAGAUAUAUAUAUAUAUUAUAUAUAUAUAUAUUAUAUAUAUAUAUAUAUAUAAUUUUUUUUUGGUUAGGAAGUGUGAAGUUUUGUGUGUAUGAUUUCUGUACAAAAACAAAAGAAACACUCCUUGAGUCCCCGCAGCUUCCUCGGCCACCUCAAUCCCCAACUCCAAGCCUUCAUUGCUGCCACUCACUCCUACUCCCCUCAGACUAAAUGCCUCUAACGUUGUGAGUCUGGUCCUUUCCCAGUGACCUCAGACCCUGGCCUCGCUUCCCAUUAGGAGAGGCAGAGGGCUUUUGACAGCCCACUCCAGCACCCCAACCCACCCGUCAAAGCCUGAGAACCCCAUCUGGGCUCCUGGGUAUGGCCGAUGGGGUUUGGGAUGAAAACCAGCCCCACUGGGCCUCCUGAAUGCCUUGGUGCUCCCAGCCACGGGCCAUCUGGGGCAAGGAAGUGAGUGCCCAGGCCCAGGCAGCCCCAGCCCCAGAGGACCCUCAGGAGCGGGGCUCCCAGGGGCCCCGCCGUUCUCUGGUCAGGCCUGCCUGAGGCCACGCUGCUAUGGAGGCUGCCUCCUGGUCUCCCACCAGGUCCCAGGCUACUGAAGGCCCCAGCCCAGGGCUGGUCAGAACUCAGGCAGAUUCCACUGCCCCUUCUGCCAAACAUAUUCAGCACCCACCCCGGCCCUGGAAGCCAGCACCGCCAGGGCCAGGGGCUUGUUCCUCACUCCCCAGCCCUUCCCCUGCCCGCAGCACCCAUGGUGCCCCAGCACCCCACCAGCAGAACUGAGCCGGCCUCAUUUGCCAUGCCCCCUCACCUUCCCCGCUGCCCGGAGGACCCCACACUUCUCUCAGGCAGGAGGUCCCCACUCCAGCUGGACCCGCAGCAACAGGCAGCUGCCUCCAGACCAGCACUGGGCACAGCCUGCAGUGGCCCCACGUGGCCCUUCUGAGCCCCUAUUCCCUGCCCCCAGGCUUUACCUUGGGAACCUCUGUGCUGUGUUUCAGAGAAGUAUGAGCUACAAAUGUAUCUUGAAAUAUCUUGUGGUCCUCCCUUGAUGUAACUCCGAAUUGCUUCUCUGGAGACAGGCAGUGGUGAGGAGGCCCCUCCAGAACAAGGCACUGGGGAAGCAAGGCCGACUCUGCAGGCACCCCCUCGGGGAUGACCUCUCUUCCUUCUUCUUUCCCUGGGCCUGCUUUUGGACUCUCCUGGCAUUUCUGCCUCGUGACAGAACAGGCUGGAUGAGCAGUCCAAAGGAGAGACACCAGGCCUUCUCCCCUGAAGUCUGUCCCUGCCAGCCCCGGGAAGGGGGCGGCUGCCCUGUGCUUCCCAAGCUCGGCAGACAGGCCACAUCUGCCCCUCCCCUCCGUGUUCACCUGGCGUGAGCCAGUGCCUGGGCAGAGCUCACAUCGCGUUGCUUUACCACCUGGGGCCUGGGUAAAUGUACUUUGGGAUGUCACAGAAAUACAUUUUUGUGCAAAGUGGAAA